UUGUGGAUGCUCCUGGAGUAGGCCAUACUCACGUGAGCAAACAGAAAGCUUUUAAUCUACAUAAGGCGUCAAUGGAGUAUGCAGUCGCUGCUAAUCCUCAUGGCUAUGAUGCUUUUCUUAUUGUUGUCAAAUUUGGUGUGAAAUACACAAAAGAAGUUAAAGAAACCGUUGAUUGUUUCAGGAAAGUAUUUGGUCAAGACUUUGUCAGAAAUUUCUGCAUCUUGGUUUUCACCUGUGGGGAUUUGUUUACGCAAGAAAGUGCAAAUUCUUGGACGUCAUUUGAAGAAUGGAUCGACGAGCAUCCUGGUGACUUCAGAGAUCUGGUGAAUGAAUGCGAGCGGAGAGUUAUAUUAUUUGACAACGUGACCACACUUACGACUAAAAGAAAUGAACAGGUCCUAAAGCUCCUCAAGAUGGUGGGCAAUCUAAAAACAAGAGGCAACAGGUACACAGAUGAAGACUUUGCCCACGCCAAAGAAGAAAGACAACGAUACUUUGUUGAAGCUCAGAGAGCACUGAUCCAGGAAGAAGUAUUGAAGGAAACAAACUUGAUUUUGAAUGAAAGCGACAAUUUGCAAUUCGUUAAAGAGUUGGAAAUUAAAAUGGUGAGAUUGCGAGCUCUUCAGAUCCGUGCACAGAAUCUGUUUACGAAAAUCACAUUACAAGACAAUGGAACUGGAGUUUUAAAUGAAAUGAUUGACCAUGUGAGAUGGAUGCAAGGAUAUUUGGUUGAUCCAACUGAAGCCAAU